AUGCCGGUCAAAGAGAAUACAAGUAAUCAUUUAACUGAUGAAGAAGAAUAUCGUAAUGGAUAUCUAUCACCAAAUUUAAUUAUGUUACGUUCAAGAGGAGAAAAUUUACAAUUCAUUACUAAAUUAAAUUUAUGGGGUUUAAAAUUAAAACAUGUUUCCACUUUAAAAUGUAUGCCAAAUUUAAAAAUAAUCAAUAUGAGUUCCAAUUGUUUACAAUCACUUGAACCAUUUUCUCAUUGUUUAAAUCUAUGCGAAUUAUAUAUACGCAGUAAUCAUAUCGUAAAUAUUGAUGAAGUGGCACAUUUAAAAUAUUUAAAUAUGCUUGAAAAAUUAUGGUUAAAUGGCAAUCCAUGUUGUCUAUUCUUUAAAAAUUAUGAAAGAAAUGAAAACGUUUUAUAUGAUUCUUCAGUACUAUAUAGAUGUACUGUGAUACGUAAUGUGCAAAGUUUAAUACAUUUAGAUCAAGAAGUAAUUACAUUAGAAGAACGAGAACUAUCAGAAGAACAUGGCAUUUUACUAACAGCUCCACCGCCUCAAUUAACAAUUGAUGAACAAUCUCAAUCAGAAAUAUCCGAAACAACGUUAACCAAUAUUGAUCCAACUGAUGUAGAUGAAUCUGUUAACACAAACAGUGUCAUCGAUAUAACUUUAAGUUCAGACGUAGAAAUGAAAAAAGAUAGAUGUCAUUCGGAUUUACUAGUUACGAAAAAAGAAUCCCAAAUAAAUAAUCUAGAUAAUGAUGUCAUAAAAGAUCCGAGAUCAAAAAAUGAUAUUGUCGAGCUAAUCAAUAACAAUAUAGAUUCUAAAUCACCUUUUAUUAAAAGAAAAGGUCGAAAUAGAUCCUAUUUACAGGAUGUCACAUUAAAAGAGACAAAUAAAAUUCGUCAAGAAUACGGCUUAAAACCGAUAAAUAAGAAUAAAAUUUCUUCACCUGCUAAACGACUGCAAUCGAUCGAUCAGAAGAAUGAGAAAAUUGUUCGAAAUUCAAUUAUACGAUUAUUAAAAACAUUGAAUUAUGAAAGUUUAGAAAGAAUUAUUCAAGCAGCUGAAAAACGUAUAUUACGUUUAACUGGUAGUUCAAAAUUACAUUCAUUAUUAGUGAAUGAUAAUGUUGUUGUUGUUGAAGAAGAAGAAGAAGAAGAAGAAAAUAACAAUGAAUGUACAUUAAAUGGAACUUAUGAUUGUUCAAAUUAUAUGAAUGGAGAUAAAUAAAUUUGCUUAGACAAUUAAUAGAUGUUUACAUGUGACAGAUCAUAAAACUAAUUAACAAUUAUAUGAUGGACAUUUCAAUGAACAACUAGACAUCAUUAUUUCAACGGUUAUGUCUUCUUCUUUUUUUGAUUUCCUCAUUUUGGGCUAUACUCACUAUUAUCUCAUCUAAAUUGAUAAAUGUAAAUAAGAUUUUACAAAAACUAAUUCAUUGAAUGAUGAUAAAUAGGGUCUAUAAAAAGUUUAAAAAAACCUUUCGAUUACCCUGUGAUUCUUUUUAUUGAUUAAUAACUUGCAAAGGUGAAAAAGUGUAAUCAAUCAUAUUUUAAUUGAUUUGUCAUGCAAAUUCAUUAUCAUAAUUAAAGUAUAUUUACUCAAA